AGCCCGCACAAACAACAUUGAUCUCUCACAAUCCGCGAGUUUUGAUUUGUGUUGAACGUUCGAUUGUUUCUCAUAAAUUCUGCUGCUUCACCUUAAUCGUACGCAAAAUAACUUAAUCUUAUUUCUAGGAAUGACGAAAGUAUUAUCUUUUUCAGAAAAACGCAAAGCAGAGGAAGAUGGUAAACAAACUGUCGGGAAAACAGCUUCUGUUGGCGGAAGUGAUCCGUGUGGACCGAUCAUUCGCAAAGGCUCGCUAAUGUGUUUUCGCACCAAGAAAAUGGUGGAGAUACCCGGUAAAGACAUUUUCGGCAGAUGCCGAUAUGUUUCUGUAUUCCAGAAGUGUAAUCGGGUUGGCGAAGGAACAUACGGAAUCGUCUUUCGAGCAAGAGAUACCAAGAACAAUGAAAUUGUUGCAUUGAAGAAAGUUCGAAUCGAUCAUCAAAUUUUCAAGGACGGAUUUCCAAUCAGUGGUCUACGAGAGAUUCAAAUUUUGAAAAACUGCAACCAUGAUAAUGUAGUCAAGUUGAAGGAGGUUGUUGUGGGUAAUAGCCUAGAAAGUAUUUUCCUGGUAAUGGAAUACUGUGAACAGGAUCUAGCUUCGUUACUGGAUAAUAUGGACACACCUUUUUCCGAGUCUCAAGUUAAAUGUAUCGUCCUGCAAUUGCUAAAAGGUCUAAAGUAUUUGCAUUCAAACUACAUCAUCCAUCGGGACUUGAAAGUGUCCAAUUUGCUGCUUACUGACAAGGGAUGCUUGAAGAUUGCAGAUUUUGGGUUAGCUCGCUAUUUAAGUGACUCUGACAAAGCAAUGACACCCGGCUUAGUAACACUAUGGUACCGUUCUCCAGAACUGUUAUUCGGAACUAAAGAACAAACAACUGCAGUAGAUAUGUGGGCUACUGGUUGUAUUAUGGGUGAAUUGUUGGCUCAUAAGCCGCUCAUGCCCGGUGUUAGCGAAAUUUCGCAAAUAGAACUGAUUAUAGAUCUAUUAGGAACCCCUUCUGAAACAAUCUGGCCAGACUUUCCAAAGCUGCCAGCUGUACAGAAUUUCACAUUAAAAUCUCAACCGUAUAACAAUUUGAAACCAAAAUUUCCAUGGCUUUCCUCGGCUGGCCUGCGAUUGCUAAACUUCCUCUUCAUGUAUGACCCAAACAAAAGAGCUACGGCCGAGGAAUGUCUUCAAAGCAGUUAUUUCAAAGAAGCACCUCUGCCUUGCGAUCCGAAGCUUAUGCCUACAUUUCCUCAUCAUCGAGAUUUGAAAAACACUCCGAAGGAAACAGCUGAAGUCCCCCCAACGACCAGUUCCAAACCGACGUUUGACCAAACCUCGAUUUCCGAUCUACUUGGUUCGCUGGUGAAGAAGAGGAAAAUAGAAUGAUGUGUAUUAAGCAGUUAUGAAUAAAGCAUUAUCAACAAAA